GCCUGCCCCCAACAUAUAUACACAUACAUACAUUUCGCUCCUUGCAUUUGACAGAGAUUUGAUACAGAAGCUUGCUUGUUUUGGUGGGGAGAGAGGCAAUGCUAUCUAAGGGAAUGCUGUGGGUGGGGCAGAAAGGUGUGGAAAGAGGGCCUUGUUCUCAAAUCAGACAGAUGUUGGCUUCUCUUUGUUCUGAAGGUGGUGGGUGGGAGAUGGCUAAUCCUAUCAGGUUGGAGACCUCCUGAUCAAACUGGAGCUCUGCUGCAGUCAGGAUUGUCGGGACAAGUUCCUCAGAGGUCCCAGUCUCUCUCUCUCUCUCCUGAGCACUGCCCUGGAUGAAGGCUUCUGUUUCGCUGCUCCUCUGAGCCUCCUUCCACCAUGGAAGCAGCUCCUGAGACGGAAAUAGCGCAAACGCCUCCAGCCCGCAACCUGAACGGCAACUGGCACUACCAAUUCCGCAUCCUUCUGCUGGGCGACUCCAUGGUGGGCAAAACGUCUCUGCUCAGAUGCUACACGGAGGGAUGCUUCGUUCCAUCCCCGUGCCCCACGGUGGGCGUGGAGUUCUACAGCAAGAUGAUGGAGCUGCCCCCAGGCAUCAAGGUGAAGCUACAACUAUGGGACACGGCUGGCCAAGAGAGGUUCAGGUGCAUCACCAGAUCCUUCUACCGGAACGCAGUGGGUGUGAUCUUGGUCUUCGAUAUGACCAACCGGAGGUCCUUUGAGAGCAUCUUUGAUUGGUACCAUGAAGUCACCAGUGUUAUGGAGAAGGUUGUCUUCCUCUUGGUUGGCCACAAAAGUGACCUCCAGUCAAGGAACAGAGUCACAGUUGAAGAAGCAGAGGGACUGGCCAUUUCUUUGGGCACACAAUUUAUUGAAACGUCUGCCAAGGACAACCUCAAUAUAGAUUUGGCUUUUGCGACCAUCACCAAUAUGAUCUACGACGCUCUGAGAAACAAGGAGAUUGACCUGCAGGAAGGGUGGGAUGGUGUGAAGGUGAUCCAUAAGAAGAGAACUAGCGGUCUUCAGAGAAGGAAGAAGGCCCCGCAGGAAAAAUGCAAUUGCUAACCAAAG